AUGUCCAACCAACCUAGUACAAAACGUCACAUCAGUAAACCUAUGUCCCACCAACCUACAAAACGUCACACCAGUAAACCUAUGUCCAACCGACCUAGUACAAAACGUCACACCAGUAAACCUAUGUCCAACCAACCUACAAAACGUCACAAUAGUAAAUCUAUGUCCUACCAACCUACAAAACGUCACACCAGUAAACCUAUGUCCAACCGACCUAGUACAAAACGUCACACCGGUAAACCUAUGUCCAACCGACCUACAAAACGUCACAUCAGUAGACCUAUGUCAAACCGACCUAGUACAAAACGUCACACCAGUAAACCUAUGUCCAACCAACCUAGUACAAAACGUCACACCAGUAAACCUAUGUCCAACCGACCUAGUACAAAACGUCACAUCAGUAAACCUAUGUCCAACCGACCUAGUACAAAAUACCACACCAGUAAACCUAUGUCCAACCGACCUUGUACAAAACGCCACACCAGUAAACCUAUGUCCAACCGACCUAGUACAAAACGUCACAUCAGUAAACCUAUGUCCAACCAACCUAGUACAAAACGUCACACCAGUAAACCUAUGUCCAACCAACCUAGUACAAAACGUCACACCAGUAAACCUAUGUCCAACCAACCUAGUACAAAACGUCACACCAUGUCGAGUAGUGUCAAUGUUGGGUGGUGGCAGUGUCAAGUGGUGGCAGUGUCGAGUGGUGGCAAUGUUGGGUGGUGGCAGUGUCGAGUGUUGGAAGUGUCAAGUGGUGGAAGUGCUGAGUGGUGGCAGUGUUGGGAGGUGGCAGUGUCGAGUGGUGCCAGUAUGGAGUGA